AUGAAUUUGACCGACUUGCUAGACGAGAUAGGGUUCUGGACGAUUGUGCAGUCGCCCAGGGAUAUCCGGCUGGUAUUUAUCUCAAAGCUACUGCGGUCGUUCAGUUACGGCGGUGUCAACUUCAUGCUAGCCCUGUACUUGAAAACCGUCGGAUUUGACCCCAGUUCCAUUGGAAUAUUCAUCUCGGUCGGGAUGCUAGGUGAUCUGCUCAAGACAUCAUACUUGGGGUUUUAUAUGGACCACUACGGGCGUCAGAAAAUGAUGUUUCGCUGCUAUUUGGGGAUGAUGGCCACCAACUUUGUGUUCUUGCUCACCACGUACAAGCCGGCUCUGUGGGUAGCCGUUUUCUGUGGCAUCUUCUCUGUGGGGGGUUUGGAGAUAUCGAUCUUUAGACCGUGUGAGCAAACCAUAAUUGCACAGUUGGGUCAGAUUUCUGCCAGGUCCGAUUAUUUCACCUGGUACGCUCUCACGGGCAAUCUAUUAACUGCUCUGGGCAGUGGAUUUAACGGUGCUCUCAUCUGGGCAUUGCAGAACAAGUUCCAGUGGUCAGACCUACAGGCGUACAAGAGCGUCUUCUUUGUGAUGAUUCUGCUGACGCUUUUGAUGCUCGCAACCUGUCGGCAAUACAGUCAGGAAAUCGAACUCGUGAAGGAAGAGAUUGAACGACCAAAAACAGCAGACUCGGAGUUCGAAAUCGACGAACCUAAACCAACAACUACGUUCCAGCUAAUGCAGUCGCCAAGAUUUGUGCGCAUCUUGCAGGUUGUCAUAUUGUACUUUAUCGACGCUCUGUGUAAGUCGAUCGUUAUCGACUCCUGGAUUGCUUACUACAUUGUUCAGCGAUUCCAGACAGACACCAAGACAGUUGGUAAUAUUUUCCUGUUCACGCGGUGCGUGUCAGCUGUGAUGAGUUUGGUUGGUAAUGUUUGUUGCAAGCGGUAUGGCCCAAUCAAAACAAUGCUCUUUACACACUUCCCAUGCUCUGUGUUUGUGUGCCUGAUUCCGUUUGCUCCUAAUCUAUGGGUGAUGCUUAUAUUUCUGGUGUUCAGAAGUACGUUCAGCAGCAUGGACAUGGGGUCCAAGUUUGUUUUUUUGAGCGCAAUUACCGAGAACCACGAACGGUCGGCUGCGCUGGCGUUGCAGAACUCGCUGCGCACAUUCGGGCAAGUGAUUGCUCCAAUAGCCACGGGAAUCAUGACAAACCACGACUCGCAGUGGCUCAGUUUUGUCAUCAGCGCAGUUGCGCGUGUAAUCUUCUACGAGGGUGGAAUUCUCCUUCUGUUUUGGAAGGAUAGACAUAGCAUAGGUUUGUAG